AUGGGCGAAGAUGAAAAUACCGCAGCAUUCGAUGUGGUGAUGGCCGGCGAGGCGAACAAUGACGGAAACACCAUUACGGUUAAGGUGCCGAGCGAUAGCGAUGGUGCCGCGGCCACUGUCAUAGGCAGUACCAUGAUGAAUAUGCAGAAAGAUAUGCACACGAUCUCGGCCUACAGGAAUAUCUUGACCAAAUGA